CUCUUCUAAUUAUUUGCUGUACCAACCUCUUCCACUCCACUCCGGGAGAUCGAAAUUCCGUGCACAAGAAGAAAUAGAUUAAAACCCUGUGUUAGGGCUUAUCGAAUUCACAGUAUAUUCCAAAGAAAUCUCUCCGAUUUCGAAAAUGGUGAAAGAGCAGUUGUCACCGACACGGCCAUGGAUACUCGAAGCGGUUCCAUUGAUGGUGGUCUUUCUCAUAGCAGCUCAUGUCUUCGCCUUGGUCUAUUGGAUUUACAGAUUGGCCACUGAGAGACAGCCACAGAGGAGGAAAGCACAUUGAUGGUGAUGAACCGUACGAUUUGAAGAACCAAAAAGAGGCGGAGGUGGAGUUUGGAGUGUUACAGAUUGUACUGGAUUCAUGUUGUUGAUAAUAUGGUAUGUGCUUAGCUCCUUUGCCCCUACAUUGGUCAAUAAAGUGUAGAUAGGCUUCCUAUUUCUUGCUAAGUGUCUUGGGCUUUCUUCAUGUUACUCAUUCAUUCCCUUACCGUGCCCUUUGUAUUGUGUGUUGUGUGAACAAUUCAUGCUUUCUGUUCAGGGUAAACUGAGAAAUGUUUGUAAACGAUACUCCCUACUUUUCUAUGUAGUAAUUCGGAGAAUUUUGAAGGAAAAUAAAAUCAAAGAAUGAUGUUCUUGUACA